UGCAACAGUCGAGGCUGCUGCCGGCGAGAGAGAGAGAGAGAGUAACUGAGAUUCCACAAGACGGAGAAGCAAACGGUGCAAGCAACUCUCUGUCUCUGUCACACACACAGACACACACAGGGGAGCUGAGCCGUCCCAUGUCCUGCAGCCUCUGACUGACUUGUCCCUCCAGCUCUCCGGCUCGCUGCACUCUCGCUUCGGCUUGGGUCUGAAAUGCAACCGAGUGCUGUUGCAAUGGUUUUCCGAAGUUAGCCAUCCGGAUUGCGCCAUUCCCUUUAUUACACCCUGUCUCUUUCCCCUCCUGCAAGGUGCUGGAGUGUGAAGGGCUGGAGGUAAGCACAGAGAUGUCUCUGGAUAUUCCGGCCGAAUGGUUGCUGGAGGCUUCCCAGGGAGUGAAUGUGUCCACGGAGAUGCCGUGGGAUUUCGGCCAGAACUCCAGCAAGCCUGGCAGCCCGGCUGUAGACAUGAGCGGCAGUGUUCUGCUGCCCCUGAUCUACUUUGUGGUGUGUGUCCUGGGACUGAGUGGCAACACCCUGGUCAUCUAUGUCAUCCUGCGCUACGCCAAGAUGAAGACGGUCACCAACAUCUACAUCCUGAACCUGGCCAUCGCCGACGAGCUCUUCAUGGUGGCCCUGCCUUUCUUCGCCACCCAGGCGGCCCUGGCCCACUGGCCGUUCGGCCAGGCCGCCUGCCGAGUGCUGAUGACCCUGGACGGCAUCAACCAGUUCACCAGCAUCUUCUGCCUGACGGUGAUGAGCGUGGACCGCUACCUGGCGGUGGUGCACCCCAUCACCUCCUCCAAGUGGCGCAAGCCCCGGCUGGCCAAGCUGGUGAACGGGGCGGUGUGGAUCAUCUCGCUGCUGGUCAUUCUGCCCAUCAUGAUCUACUCGGCCGUGCAGACCCGCAACGGCAGGAGUAGCUGCACCAUCACCUGGCCGAGCAAGAACCCGAGCUGGUACACCGCCUUUGGCAUCUACACCUUCGCCCUGGGCUUCUUCCUGCCUCUCACCAUCAUCUGCUUGUGCUACCUCCUCAUCAUCAUCAAGGUCAAAGCCUCGGGCAUCCGCGUGGGAUCAUCCAAGCGCAAGAAAUCUGAGCGCAAGGUCACCCGCAUGGUCUCCAUCGUAGUGGCUGUCUUCGUCUUCUGUUGGCUGCCCUUCUACAUCUUCAACUUCCUGCCCCUGGCGGUCGAUGUCAAGCCCACCGUGGCCAUGAAAGGCUUCUACGAGUUCGUGGUGGUGCUCUCCUACGCCAACAGCUGCGCCAACCCCAUCCUGUACGCCUUCCUCUCCGACAAUUUCAAGAAGAGUUUCCAGAAUGUGUUGUGCCUGAGGAAGGUGAGCGGCCUGGACGAGGCGGACCGCAGUGACAGCCGCCAAGAUAAAUCUCGGCUCCAGGAUGUGACCGAGACCCAGAGGACUCUGCUCAAUGGCGAUGACCUGCAGACCAGUAUCUAAGGGGGGAAGGGGGGAAGUUAGCUGGAAAGGAGCCCCCUCCCUUCUCCCAGCCCGACUCUCAGCUGCCCCCUCUCUCUCUCUCUCUCUCCCUCCCUGAACCAGCCACACAGGUUCAAAGGGCGCCUCCCUCUGGCCUUUCUCUGAAGGUGGGCUGCAAUCUGCUGGGCAGGUCCCUGGACUGACUGCUCGGGAUCCCUCCCUCACUUCAUUGACUGCAUCUCGUUCUGACUCUGUAUCCCUGUCUGUUACUGAGCACAAUGCAGUCUCAUUCCGCCCCAGCACUGCACCAGAACUGUCGCCCUUCCAGCCCCACUGCCUUCAACUGGGGCUGAACUCGUCUCAACUGCUUCAUGUUUCCAGUGUGUGAACAGACCGCCUAUUCUGGGUCAAAGCUCGCCCGUGAUAACCCCCAUAGUCAGAUCUAGUCCUGUGAUGUUAACCUGGAAAUGCUUCAACAUAGUCCUCUGCACGUGUCGUGAUGUGAAUCUCGUCUUAAUUCGACGUUAUUUAAACCAUUGUAUUCUCCCUCUGUGGCUAGAUUGACUGGAUUGGAUAUGCAAUCAGCGAAUUCAUUGGCGAACGGCUGGCUUUCUGUUUGCGAAGCUGCGGUCCCCCAAUCCUGCCCUAUUGUAAAGCAUAGGAUCCACCUCUCAGUGAGGUUUUUUUUUUAAAAAAAAAGGACAAAUAAACUGUUGGAAAUACUCAGCAGGUCGGGCAGCAUCCGUGGAGAGAGAAACUGCGUUAACUUGACCGAUUGGUUACCCUUCGUCGGAAUAAAAAUCAGCCCAUGCUGUUUCCAGGGGAACUGCAAGUUUGAUGAGAUGAGCUCUAAUGUAAUUCCAUUUUCUGUGAAUUGGUGGCCUGCACUUUAUCUGUAAAUAUCGUUUCCGACACCAUUAGACACUUUGAUUGAUCAGGAGUGGAUACUGACCUGUUUCUGUAGUAACUGAAAUGGAUGUGGAUGUCAGCCAAGAUAGUUUUUCUCCUGUGAUCUGGCUUUGAAAACCGUUCUACUGUUUGGAGUUCUAACAAGCAUUUGUUUCCUCUAAAAUUGUUAAGAAAGUAACCAUUCAACUCAGGAGAGGGCUAUCUGCAAUGUCUCAUAUUUGGUUAAUUACCGAAACGUGAAUGAUGAAUAAUGAUAAUCUUUUCUGGGAGAUAUCUUUUCAACUUCUCACUCCAUGCCUUUAUCCUGUCAGCUCUGUCAUGGGAAUGGAUGUGGAACACCAUUUCCCACACAGUGACAAACCCGAGAUGAUGGAGGGUUAUACUUAGCAAUUGUAAUCAUAAUGUUAUAUUGUUGAAACCUGCAUUGACCAUCAUUGUCAUUUUAAUCUUUGAA